AUGCGGGAGAAUCUCGCGUAUUUACUCGAUCAACGGCUGUACGAGUCUGCUGAGAUCCUCGGAAGCUUCCUGGUCUCUGCAGCCGGCCCCGGCAGCGACGUGCCGGCAAUAUCGAGGGCGGAGAAUCUCGUGCUCUACGCGGACGCGCUCUUCGGCCGGCAGGAAUUCCGCCGCGCGCUGGUGGGUGCGCGCGGAGUGUGUGAGUGUGAUGAGAGUGCGCUGGUGGGUGCGCUGAACCUAUACCACCAGACAACUUCUGAGACGACCCCUCCCUUCUCCCCUUUCGGCUGUCCUCUCCCCCUCUUUCCCCGCUUCUCCCCCCCCCCCCCCUUCUCCCAGAAUCUCUACCGUCAGGCACAGCAGCUCUGCAAGGUGGCCGGCCAUGCGGCCGGCAGCAGUCGGACUGUUCCCGGCAGCCCUGCCACUGUAGCAGGCACUGUAGUCAGUGCCGGCCUUGGGACUCCCGCCCAAUCAGGCGGCUACAGUGCAGGGGGGGCAGGGGCGGGCGGAGGGAGCGCAGGGGGAGCCUCAGGGGGAGUGGGGCGGUAUGGGGGGGUGGGGCAGUCAGGAGGGGGAAGAGGGGCGUGUGUGGGAGGAGGAGCGGGGGGAGGGGGAGGGGGCGUGGGUGGGGGCAUGUGGGGCGGAGGGGCGAGCAUGGUGGCCCUGGAUACAGACGUGGGGAAGGCUGAGGUGCGUCUGAGAGUGGCGGAGUGCUACGUGGCAUUGAAGGAAGUCAAGCCCGCCCUCACAGAGGUGAGUGGGGGAGUCAAUUGGGUCAACCAGGUCAACCAGGUCAACGAGGUCAACCAGGUCAACGAGGUCAACCAGGUCAACCAGGUCAAUGAGGUGCGCCUGCGAGUGGCAGAGUGCUAUGUGGUCAAGCCCGCCCUCACAGAGGUCUGCGGUGAUGUCAGUAGCAGACAGGUGGGCUGUGGAGGUCUGCGGUGUGGAGGGUCAAUCUAG